AUGAAGAUUCGGUUCAAGUCUGUCAAGACCGGAUUUAAUUCAAAAUUAGGCUUGGACGAUAUUAAAAUAUGGAGGUAUCAAUCUGCAUUAACAUAUACGCGAUCCACCACACCAACCACCACACAGACCACCACACCGACCACCACACAGACCACCACACCGACCACCACACCGACCACAACACCGACCACCACACCGACCACCACACCAACCACCACACCAACCACAACACCGACCACCACACUGACCACCACACCAACCACCACACCGACCACCACACAGACAACCACACAGACCACCACACCGACCACCACACAGACCGCCACACCGACCACCACACAGACCACCACACCGACCAACACACAGACCACCACACCGACCACCACACAGACCACCACACCAACAACCACACAGACCACAACACCGACCACCACACUGACCACCACACCAACCACCACACCGACCACCACACAGACCACCACACCGACCGCCACACAGACCACCACACCGACCGCCACACAGACCGCCACACCGACCGCCACACAGACCACCACACCGACCACCACACAGACCACCACACCGACCACCACACCGACCACCACACCAACCACCACACCAACCACAACACCGACCACCACACCGACCACCACACCGACCACCACACCAACCACCACACCAACCACCACACCGACCACAACACCGACCACCACACAGACCACCACACCGACCACCACACCGACCAUCACACCGACCACCCCACCGACCACAACACCAACCACCCCACCGACCACCACACCGACCACCACACCAACCACAACACCAACCACCUCACCGACCACCACACCGACCACCACACCGACCACCACACCGACUACAACACCGACCACCACACCAACCACACCACCAACCACCACACCGACCAUCACACCGACCACCAAACCAACCACCACGCCGACCACAACACCGACCACCACACCAACUACCACUCCGACCACCACACCGACCACCACACCGACCACAACACCGACCACCACAACAAACACCACACCAACUACUACACCGACCACCACACCAUCAACUACUCAAACCAACACAGCAACCACGAACCCAACCACUACACCAAUCACUAUACAAACCACUAGACCAACUACAACUUCGACCACCACACCACUGACUCCUACGGGGAAAAUUUCAACACCGAAAACAACAUUGUCGACCAUUCGCUCUACAUUACCAAAUACAGCUGCCUCGAUUUUUUAUCUAAUUUCGCAAUAUGUGAACUUUGGCCCUGUGUCUUCGAACCAGCAAAACGGGAUAUCAUCUUCAAAGAACCGUGAUAUUGAUAUGCUGUUGUUUCAUUUUUAUUCUUCGUCGACAUAG